GAAAUGGGUGAACGAGGUGACGGAGCGGAAUCGUUCGAUGAUGCGGUCGAGGAGCGGGUCAUUAACGAGGAGUAUAAAAUUUGGAAGAAAAACACCCCAUUCCUGUAUGAUCUCGUAAUGACACACGCGCUCGAGUGGCCCUCGCUAACGGCCCAAUGGCUGCCGGAUGUGACGAAGCCGGAAGGGAAGGACUACUCGGUGCACCGGCUCAUCCUCGGCACGCACACGUCGGACGAGCAGAACCAUUUGCUGAUUGCGAGCGUCCAGCUGCCGAACGAGGACGCACAGUUCGACACGAGCCACUUCGACAACGAGAAGGGCGAGUUCGGAGGGUUCGGCUCGGUGUCGGGCAAGAUCGAGAUCGAAAUCAAGAUCAACCACGAGGGUGAAGUGAACCGGGCCCGUUACAUGCCACAAAACCCGUGUGUCAUUGCGACCAAAACCCCAUCGAGCGACGUGCUUGUGUUCGAUUACACGAAACAUCCGAGCAAGCCGGAAGCGAGCGGCGAGUGUCACCCGGAUCUGCGACUGCGGGGCCACCAGAAGGAGGGCUACGGGUUGUCCUGGAACCCGAAUCUGAACGGGUAUUUGCUAUCGGCAAGCGACGAUCACACCAUCUGCCUGUGGGACAUUAACGCGACCCCGAAGGAGCAUCGGAUUAUUGACGCUAAAAACAUCUUCACCGGACACACCGCCGUGGUGGAGGACGUGGCCUGGCACUUGCUACACGAAUCGCUCUUCGGGUCGGUGGCCGACGACCAGAAGCUCAUGAUCUGGGACACGCGAUGCAACAACACAUCCAAACCGUCCCACACCGUCGACGCGCACACGGCCGAGGUGAACUGUCUGAGCUUCAACCCGUACUCGGAGUUCAUCCUGGCCACUGGUUCGGCGGACAAAACCGUCGCCCUGUGGGAUCUGCGUAACCUCAAGCUGAAGCUGCACUCGUUCGAGUCGCACAAGGACGAAAUUUUCCAGGUGCAGUGGUCGCCGCAUAACGAAACCAUUCUGGCCUCGUCCGGCACCGAUCGGCGCCUGCACGUUUGGGAUCUGUCGAAGAUCGGUGAGGAGCAGAGCGCCGAGGACGCCGAAGACGGUCCACCGGAGCUGCUCUUCAUUCACGGUGGCCACACGGCCAAGAUAUCUGACUUCUCGUGGAAUCCGAACGAACCGUGGGUCAUUUGCUCGGUAUCGGAGGAUAACAUUAUGCAAGUUUGGCAGAUGGCCGAGAACAUGUACAAUGACGAGGAACCGGACGUUCCGGCCAGUGAGAUCGAGGGUGGCGCACCGUAGAGAAAGAGAGUUCACUAUUCCAUCAUUCAUUUUUUAUAUCACUAUCGCCGUAUUACCCACCAUGUCAAAUCCGGCCUCCGGGAGUUGUGUUAGUUUCGUUGUCGAAGCGGUCGUUGAUUUGUUUUUCGUUCAUUCAUUCUCUUUUGUUUGUUUUUCAUGCCUGAUACGAAAUGCAUCGAUCAUUGAAAAUCUGGAACCUCAUGGUUCAGGAUUCUACAUUAUCAGGCGACGCUCGGGGCGCUUAGAAAACAAUAGAUGUAAUAAUA